AUGGCAUCAGAACUGGCAAUGAGCAACUCCGACCUGCCCACCAGUCCCCUGGCCAUGGAAUAUGUUAAUGACUUCGAUCUGAUGAAGUUUGAAGUGAAAAAGGAGCCGGUGGAGACCGAUCGCAUUAUCAGCCAGUGCGGCCGCUUGAUCGCCGGGGGCUCGCUCUCCUCCACGCCGAUGAGCACGCCCUGCAGCUCGGUGCCCCCGUCCCCCAGCUUCUCGGCGCCCAGCCCCGGCUCCGGCACCGACCAGAAGACCCACCUGGAAGACUACUACUGGAUGACGGGCUACCCGCAGCAGCUCAACCCCGAGGCGCUGGGCUUCAGCCCCGAGGACGCCGUGGAGGCGCUCAUCAACAGCAGCCACCACCCGCUGCCCGGCGCCUUCGAUGGCUAUGCUAGAGGGCAGCAGCUGGCCGCCGCCGCCGGCGCCGGCGGCUCGGUGCCCGGCGAGGAGAUGGGCUCGGCGGCCGCCGUGGUGUCGGCGGUGAUCGCCGCGGCGGCGGCGCAGGGCGGCGCGGGGCCGCACUACCACCACCACCACCACCACCACCCGCACCACGGGCCCGGCGGCGGCGCCGGGCACCCGCACGCCGCGGCGCCGGGCGGCGCGCCGCCCUCCUCCGCCUCCUCGGCCGCCGGCCCGGGCGGCGGCGGCGGCGGCGGCGGCGGCGGCGCCGGGGGGCUGCACCACCCGCACCACGGCCCGGGCGGCGGCGGCGGCGGCGGCGGCGGCGGCGGCGGCGCCGGGGGGCUGCACUUCGACGACCGCUUCUCGGACGAGCAGCUGGUGACCAUGUCGGUGCGGGAGCUGAACCGGCAGCUGCGGGGCGUCAGCAAGGAGGAGGUGAUCCGCCUCAAGCAGAAGAGGAGGACCCUCAAAAACAGGGGCUAUGCCCAGUCCUGCCGCUUCAAGAGGGUCCAGCAGCGGCACGUCCUCGAGUCGGAGAAGAACCAGCUGCUGCAGCAAGUGGAGCACCUAAAGCAGGAGAUCUCCAGGCUGGUCCGGGAGAGGGACGCCUACAAGGAAAAGUACGAGAAGCUGGUCAGCAAUGGCUUCAGAGAAAACGGAUCCAGCAGCGACAACCCUUCCUCUCCAGAGUUUUUCAUGUACCCGAGAGAAUCUUCUACAACGGUGAUGUGAAAAUCCCUGUCACCUGAGGUCAAAAAAAAAAAAGUCUUCCAGAAGAUCUGGAGUGGUGACACCUGGACCCAGAGGAGAUCACACUGCUUAUAAAUCUGUACCAUGAGGAGACCAAAAGUUUCUUCAGCAGCAAGAGAAAACCCAGGACUGCUGGCAGGUAUGAGGACCAGAGAGCAAUGCCACAUACAUCAAGAAGAUGAAGGCACCAUUCUUGAAGACAGAGACUUUGGGGCAGCGUGACAGUCCUGUGUGGAAAGCUUGAAGAGAUACGCAGGUGGGAACACACCACCAAGCCAGCCACUUGCUUGGUUUAGUCCAUGGACCUCUGGGGUCUGCACACCAGAGGCUGAAAACUUUUGACUGACCCUAAAUUUCCUCUCUGACUGUGGACUUUUGAUGUGAUAUUGAACUUUUGGUGCCGUUCCUAUAUCUGCUUUGCCAUAACUUUUUCAACCUGCUAAUUAUCCCAGGACUACUUUCAGUUAAAAUUGCUCAGACUUAAUUAUAUGAGACUUAAUUCCAGUUGCUUGGUCAGCUUUAAAACCACAUAUUCAAGUGUGAACCACAAGCACAGCAUUUUGGGAGCCUCUUUGUCCUCUCACUUCAUGUUGGUGUAAGCAAAGAAGCUGUGCCUGUGAUUCUCCACUUUAUUACACUUGUUCCAAGUCCACCUCACUUCUGGAGAGACUGGUCCCGGACUCUGAUCAGUUUAAGGGGGCGCAAACUACCCCUUAUAUUAUGGCUUAUGUUUUUGCAACAGUGUAAAUAAUAGAUGUUUGUCUUCUGCAUACACAUUUUUUUGUAAAUAAAAUUUAUUGAGGCCAUAGAUGGAGCUACACUGAUUUUACACCAGAUAAUGUUUGUACUGACAUUUUAUGUAGAAGUGUAGAUUUGAAUGUUUCUUGCAAUGUUUAAUUGCAACAAAAAAGAAUGGGAAGGGAGAACCAAAGGAGGGGCAUGGGGAAAGGAGAAGAGAGAAGGUAAAAGGACACAGAAGGGAAAUGGUGGAGCUGAAGGAUAAUACUGGUUAUCAGAGCAUUAUCUGAGAAUUCCUGUGAUUAGAGUUUAUUAUCUCUCUGACCUCUCCAUUUUGUUAUAAUCUGCUACUCAGGUGAUCAAUAAUAAAUGGCCUCCGAAUUUCAUCACAUUUGCUCACUUUCACUAGAAGCUUUUGGAUCCAUUUGUUUCCCUCUGAAAGAUCUUGUUUGUGUUAAGGCAUGAAGACUUUCUGUUUCUGCCAGGGCUGGCUGCUUCUUUUGGUACAUCAGUGUUGCUAUUUAGCUAGCAAGAGUCCCAUAGGGAUUCAUGGAGUAACAAUUCUAUCCAUCACAUUGGGAUGAUCAAGGAUGCAUUGCAGCUGAUGUGCAAACACAGGUGUGUAUCUUGAGUAGAGUUCCCAGCUCCACCUGAGCAGAUGAAAAAAGUCUUCAAAAGAGUCAACAACAGAGCUUUUUAAACACCCCUAACUAGCUAAUGGGUUAUCCUUAAUAUACUGGCAGUGUGCCCCUUCCUUCCUCUGCAGGAAUGCUAGACUGGCUCUGCAGCUGUGUCUUUUGGUGUUACAGCAUGCAGAAGAAAUAAAGCGCAAGACUCUGGCUUGUAAUAGCUCAUGCUGCUUUUUCCUCUGCAACCUGGGAUCACCUUGUCUCAAAAGAGGUGAGUGUAGUGGGCAGUAUGUUUCUUUAAAGGAUGAUCUGGUGUAGUCAGUAUAGCUGUACUGGAGACAGCUCCUUGUAGGGGUUAGCUGUUGUUUCUGGGAGCUUACUGUUAUAUGCUUAAGGGCUGAGGGUUCAGCUUCUCCUGUGUGAGAGAGAAGAGGAAAUGACCUUCACCCAGCUGAACAUGAAACAACAGGAAACCUUUUCUUCGAAGCUCCUGGCAUUUCCCACCCCACAGGAUCCAGCACUCAGGAACCAUCUUGAUGGACUAUCAGGGUUUUUGUCCGUGUUUAGUGGUUGCAUGUGUAUUAGCAAAGUAUGUUUAUGAUUCAUGGCAAAAUGGGGUAUGUUGUUUUAAGUGAUGGACUAGUCAUUCUGUAAUGGAUUUGAGAAUUCACAAUCAGAUUGUACUUAGUUUUAUCAAGCAGGAAGCUGGCAGGCUGUGUUUUAAUCAACUGAUAGCAUCGCUUGGCAAUUGGCAUCCAGCUAGUGAACUGAGUAUUUCUCAAAGACCAGCUUGCUAAGUUGCAAACAACCAUAUCCACCCACAGAUCUUCUGGGUCUGCCUCCUAUUUAUUCUGUGUAGGUUGCUACUUUCUCAAAUAAAACUUCUAGCUCUAAGUGCAGAAUGAUGCAGCACAUUCAGGCACUCUGCUGCUUUUUCUGCAGCUUUGGUGGGGAAUGGAAAGAGGCAGAAGAUAUUUGCUCAGUCCUCUAGGAAGCUAUGUCAAAAGAACCUCCUGGAUAGAACACAAAGUCCCAGAACCAUGUGAAUCUAAAGAUCUGAUGUUAGCACAAGUUCUCUGAGAAUUCACAUUUCAUAAGCACAAUAAAUCUAUAUUGCUGUGCCACAUGCAGUGGGACAAAGGCACAGCCUUUACUCCCUUUGGGUCAGGCUGUUUCAUGGCCCUUUAUUCCACUUUAUCACCUAAGAAGUAUCCUAUAUUCUGGCCUGUGCCAACAGACAUUGAGAAUGUCUUCCUUUCCUGAUGAAGCACAUCAGCCUCUUUAUUACUUCUGGGAAAGACCAGCUCCUGUUGAACCUCUUAAUAGUACAAACCCUCAGGUGCCACAGCUACCUUAAAUACUUUCCUGCUCAGGACUUGUGUGCUAUCACAAUUAUUGAGCUAUGCAGCCGUAUCUGCCUACGUAGCUGUGCUCAAGCGGAGAGCCAAACCUGGGGAGCCGAUUUGUUGUGCCUAGCUCCCAUACAGUAGUUGCUGUGCUUAGCAACCCACCUCCAACACAAAUAUUUCUGCUACUGUGAAGAGCAGUCGUUGUAAAGCACCAGAAGGGACCGAUUCCCCCAUGAGGAUUUUAUGCAGCUUUGCAGAGCUGUUCGUGCUUUCUGGGAGAAACCCUGCUCCCAGUCAAGAUUCCCAUUCAGGAAGGCCAAGACCUCACCCCCAGCUGAUGAAGCUGCUGAUACAGCUUGCUGCAGUGGGUCAUGAAACCUCCUUUAAGCAACCAUGGUCCUGUCUGAACCACGUUUCAGCUGGUCAGCCAUGGCCACACAUGGAGCAACCAUGUGUGGGGCUGUCAGUAGGAAGCAUUAACGCUAUCUUUCGGAAGGGGCCCCAUGUCUCACCCAACCCACGGAGCACCACUCUGGAUAAAAGCAGAUAUCGCUCCAGCAGACCGGUGUGCCCGUGCCAGUGGGCAGAGCGUGCUUUGCUUUUGGAAGGAAACAGGUCCCGGGGAUUUACUCACUGCUCGUGUAUUCUUCAUGUAUCCUUGUGCCUGGGCCAGGGCACUUGUGCCUGGGGAAGGCAGGGAGGCAGAGAGUUUACCUAUGGUUUUCAAGGGUGGCAUGAGAAUGUGCUCCUAGCAGUCUGAAAACCAUAGUUAGGGGUUUUAAACAGCCUUAGUUGUUUUUGUUUAAAGAGCUGGCUGUUUGGUUAUGGUUUUGCUGAGCUUAAAAAUAGGUUAAUGCUCCAUAUUUUUUCACGUGUACCUUGUGAGAAAAGAGAAGGGGCACCGGUUCCCACCGCUCGGGGAGUUCACAUCGCACCAGCUUUCGGUCUGUGCUGAAUUCAGAUAGGCAGGUUACCAAAGGAGGCAUCGCGAGACCCUCUUCUGCGUGGGGUGAGUCUCCAGCUCUGGAGAGAGAGAGAGAGAGAAGGUCGGGUCUCUGAAUCUGGGGGAGGUAACUGCUGUGUAACCCUGCUCGUUUAAAAUUUGUGAAAUGUUUGGGGCCCUUGGAGAUGAAUGAUGAUUGUAAGGAUGUAAAACAGUAAUGAUCACAAAAAGUAAUAAAAAGGGAAGUGAAGUAUAA